AUGAGCGAAAAGAUCGAGGAAACCUCGACUAAAGGAAAGCUCGAGGUCGAAGAAACUGAACAUCAUGAACAUUCAGAUGAAAUUUCACCAGAGUUGGAGACUUUACUUCAGACAGACCCCAAGCAUGGUUUGACCUCCGCUGAAGCAGCCGAACGUCUCGCCCGUUUUGGUCCAAAUGAGUUGGCUGAAGUCAAGCGCAAUCCCCUCUUAAAGUUUUUGAGUUAUUUCACCGGUGCCAUUGCGUACCUGAUCGAGGUCGCCUGUGUAAUUUCUGCGGUCGUCAAGGACUGGUUGGAUUUCGGUAUUAUUUUGGGCCUGUUGCUCGUCAACGCAUGUAUCGGUUUUAUUGAAGAAUCUAAGGCUGAGUCUGCUUUAGAUGCUCUCCGUCAAACACUUGCUUUAAAGACCCGAUGCUGGCGUGAUGGCCAUUUGGUUGAGUUGGAUGUGAGUCAAUUAGUCCCUGGAGAUGUCAUUGUUUUGCGUCUUGGUGACAUUGUGCCUGCCGAUGGCCGUCUUCUUGGGAUUGGUGCGACUGGCGAAGCUACCGAGGGUGAUCUUCUCAUUGACCAAUCCGCUCUUACUGGAGAAUCACUUCCUGUCGCUAAAAAUAAAGGAAAGACUGUCUACUCGUCAUCGAUUGUCAAGCAAGGUCAGCAGAUGGCUGUUGUCACCAAGACUGGUGGAGAUACCUUUAUUGGCCGUGCUGCCAACCUGAUCUCAAUUACUACAGAAGAGGGCCAUUUCCAAAAGAUCAUCAACCGCAUUGGCAAUUUCCUGAUCCUCAUCACUGUCGUCCUCGUCGGCAUUAUCCUAGUUUACCAGCUUGUGCACUUCCAUGGUGAUCCUAAAGGCAAGGGUGAUUUCCUCACUGUGCUUGGCAAAGUCCUGGUUCUCACUGUCGCUGCUAUCCCUGUUGGCCUUCCAACUGUCAUGUCCGUUACUAUGGCCGUAGGCGCCAAGCAGCUUGCUGCCAAGAAAGUUAUUGUCAAGCGAUUGACAGCCGUCGAGGAGAUGGCCUCUGUUUCUGUCCUCUGUUCAGAUAAAACUGGAACCUUGACCUUGAACGAGUUGACCUUUGACGAGCCUUACUUGGCCAAUAACUAUACUUCGGACGAUAUCCUCCUGUAUUCAUAUCUCGCUGCUGAGGCUGGUGCUAAUGACCCUAUUGAGUCUGCUGUUCGUAGUGCUGCAGAGGAGCAGCUCGAGAUCCUCAAGGGCCGCACUCACAAGCAUGAAGUUCCCGGCUAUAAGGUUACGUCAUUCUUGCCCUUUAAUCCUUCCACUAAACUCACGCAGGCCACCAUCACCAACACCGAGACUAAUUCUACAUUCAAGGUCGCGAAGGGCGCUCCUCAGGUCAUUAUUCGUCUCGUCGGUGGCGAUGAUGACGCCGUCCGCGCUGUCAAUUCCCUUGCCAAGCGUGGCCUUCGUGCAUUGGGUGUCGCCCGCACUAUCGCGGGCAAUUUAGAUAGCUGGGAACUUAUUGGUAUGAUCUCGCUGAUUGAUCCUCCACGCCCCGACUCUGCUGAUACUAUUCGCCGUUGCAACGACAUGGGUGUGUCUGUCAAGAUGAUUACUGGAGAUCAAUUGAUCAUCGCUAAGGAGGUCGCUCACCGUCUUGGUAUGCAACGCGUCAUGUUAGACGCUGGACAUUUGGUUGACCCUGACAAGUCUGAAGAUGAAAUUACUGAACAUUGCAUUCGUGCCGAUGGUUUUGCACAAGUUAUUCCUGAGCACAAGUAUCGUGUCGUUGAGCUACUUCAAAAGCGUGGUAUUCUUGUUGGUAUGACCGGCGAUGGUGUUAACGAUGCCCCUGCCCUUAAAAAGGCCAAUGUUGGCAUCGCCGUCCAUGGAUGCACGGAUGCUGCCCGUUCUGCUGCCGAUAUUGUGCUGCUUGCUCCUGGCCUUUCUACCAUUGUAGAUGGUUUGACGACUUCUCGUGCCAUCUUCCAACGCAUGCGCUCCUAUGCUCUCUACCGUAUCACCUCAACUGUCCAUUUCUUGAUGUUUUUCUUUGUCGUCGUUAUGGCUUAUGAUUGGUCCCUGCCUGCCCAUUUGCUUAUAUUGAUUUGCAUCUUGAACGACCUUGCCACGCUGGUCAUUGCCGUUGAUAAUGCCCAGAUUUCUGCUCAUCCUGACAAGUGGAGGAUAGGACAGUUGAUCACCAUGUCGAUAGUGCUUGGUCUCUGCCUGACUGCCCUUUCGUUUGCCCACUUCUUUACGUUCUGGAAGGCCUUUGGAUAUGCUCCUGUGGAUGACAAGGCUCCUUAUGACGAGCGCAAGCUUGAGUCAAUCAUGUACCUACACAUAUCGUCGGCUCCCCACUUUGUUAUCUUCUCAACCCGUCUGACUGGCUACUUCUGGGAGAACCUGCCUUCACCUAUUUUCGCUAUUGUCAUUAUUGGUACUCAGAUUAUUGCACUAUUGAUGGUCAUUUUUGGUGGACUGACUCCCAAAGUUCCUGCUGGUGAGGCCAUUAUUGUACUAUUGAUUUCAUUCGUAUAUUUUAUUGUCCUCGAUGUGGUUAAGGUGCAGAUCUUCAAGCAUUGGUCCUUCGAGCUCACAGCUAAGCUUGUUCCCACAAACUCUCGUCGCCACAAGCUUUCUAACCGUAAGGUUGCACAAGCCCAACAAGAGCGUGUGUGGGACAGUAUUGAUAGUAUUCGCAAGAUUGCUGUCAUGACGGCUGUUGUUUCAUGCCUCCAAGAAAAGACUCAUGUCAGUGAUGACACCAAGUAAACAUUUUUAAUAUCAUUUAUUUAGCAUCUGUAAUAAAAUCAUAUG